AGACGAGAACGUAGCCACCUUCCGUGGCUCUGAAUACCUGUGCUAUGACCUCUCCCAGAACCCCAUUCAAAGCAGCAGCGAUGAGAUCACACUCUCCUUCAAGACGUGGCAGCGCAACGGGCUGAUCCUGCACACGGGCAAGUCGGCCGAUUACGUCAACUUGGCUCUGAAAGAUGGCGCGGUCUCGUUGAUCAUUAACCUGGGGUCCGGAGCCUUUGAGGCCAUUGUGGAGCCAGUCAGUGGCAAAUUUAAUGACAACCAGUGGCACGACGUUAAAGUGACCCGCAACCUGCGGCAGGUGACAAUCUCUGUAGAUGGAAUCCUCACCACCACGGGCUACACACAAGAGGACUAUACCAUGCUAGGCUCGGAUGACUUCUUCUAUGUGGGCGGGAGCCCCAGUACAGCUGAUUUACCUGGUUCUCCGAUCAGCAAUAACUUCAUGGGCUGCCUCAAAGAGGUUGUUUAUAAGAAUAAUGACAUCCGUCUGGAGCUGUCUCGCUUGGCGAGGAUUGGUGACACAAAAAUGAAAAUCUAUGGGGAGGUGAAGUUUACAUGUGAGAAUGUGGCUACAUUGGACCCCAUCAACUUUGAGACACCAGAGGCCUAUAUUAGCCUGCCAAAAUGGAACACCAAGCGGAUGGGCUCUAUCUCCUUUGACUUCCGCACUACAGAGCCCAAUGGCCUUAUACUCUUCACUCAUGGUAAACCCCAGGAGAGGAAGGAUUCCAGAAGCCAGAAGAACACCAAAGUGGAUUUCUUUGCAGUGGAACUCUUAGAUGGAAAUCUUUACCUACUUCUCGACAUGGGCUCUGGAACUGUUAAAGUAAAGGCCACUCAGAGGAAAGCUAAUGAUGGAGAAUGGUAUCACGUUGAUAUCCAGAGAGAUGGCAGAUCAGGCACCAUUUCGGUGAACAGCAGAAGGACACCAUUUACAGCUAGCGGCGAGAGCGAGAUCCUGGAUCUGGAAGGGGACAUGUACCUUGGGGGGCUGCCUGAAAACCGGGCUGGCCUGGUCCUCCCUACUGAACUCUGGACGGCCAUGUUGAACUAUGGCUAUGUGGGCUGCAUCCGAGACCUCUUCAUUGAUGGGCGGAGCAAGAACAUCCGGCAGCUGGCAGAGCAGCAGAACGCGGCGGGUGUCAAAUCUUCCUGCAUCCGGGUCAACUCCAAGCAGUGUGACAGCUACCCCUGCAAGAACAAUGCAGUCUGCAAGGAUGGCUGGAACCGCUUCAUCUGUGAUUGCACCGGCACCGGCUUCUGGGGGAGAACGUGUGAGCGGGAGGCGUCCAUCCUGAGUUACGAUGGCAGUAUGUACAUGAAGGUCAUCAUGCCCAUGGUCAUGCACACCGAGGCAGAGGAUGUGUCCUUCCGCUUCAUGUCUCAGCGUGCUUAUGGGCUGCUGAUGGCCACCACUUCACGUGAAUCAGCCGAUACGCUACGCCUAGAGCUGGAUGGAGGCCGUGUCAAGCUCAUGGUCAACCUAGACUGUAUCAGGAUAAACUGUAACGCCAGUAAAGGACCAGAGACCCUUUAUGCUGGGCAGAAACUCAAUGACAACGAGUGGCACACAGUCCGGGUGGUACGCCGAGGAAAGAGCCUAAAGCUGACAGUGGACGAUGACGUUGCUGAAGGUACGAUGGUUGGUGACCACACCCGUUUGGAGUUCCACAACAUUGAGACUGGGAUAAUGACAGAGAAGCGUUACAUCUCUGUCAUUCCCUCCAGCUUCAUCGGCCACCUCCAGAGCCUCAUGUUCAAUGGUCUUCUCUACAUUGACUUAUGCAAGAAUGGCGACAUUGACUAUUGUGAAUUGAAAGCCCGCUUUGGGCUCCGUAACAUCAUUGCUGAUCCCGUCACCUUCAAGACCAAGAGUAGCUACCUGAGCUUAGCAACCUUGCAGGCCUAUACCUCUAUGCACCUGUUCUUCCAGUUCAAGACAACCUCCGCUGAUGGCUUCAUCCUUUUCAACAGUGGGGAUGGAAAUGAUUUCAUUGCAGUAGAACUGGUCAAGGGGUAUAUACAUUAUGUGUUCGAUCUUGGAAAUGGACCUAAUGUCAUCAAGGGCAACAGUGAUCGGCCACUGAAUGACAACCAGUGGCACAAUGUAGUCAUCACCCGAGACAACAGCAACACCCACAGCCUAAAAGUGGAUACCAGGAUUGUAACUCAGGUUAUCAAUGGUGCCAAAAACCUUGACCUUAAAGGUGAUCUUUACAUUGCUGGCCUGGCUCAAGGAAUGUACAGUAACCUCCCAAAGUUGGUGGCAUCCCGUGAUGGGUUUCAAGGCUGCUUAGCAUCAGUGGACUUGAAUGGGCGUCUGCCAGAUCUAAUUAAUGAUGCUCUACACCGCAGUGGGCAGAUUGAACGUGGAUGUGAAGGGCCCAGCACCACUUGUCAAGAAGACUCAUGUGCCAACCAAGGCAUCUGCAUCCAGCAAUGGGAAGGCUUCACUUGUGACUGUUCCAUGACGUCAUACUCUGGGAACCAGUGCAAUGACCCUGGUGCCACAUACAUCUUCGGGAAAAGUGGAGGCCUCAUUCUGUACACCUGGCCAGCAAACGACAGACCCAGCACAAGAACAGACCGCCUAGCUGUCGGGUUCAGCACAACAGUAAAAGACGGCAUCUUGGUUCGGAUUGACAGCGCCCCUGGCCUUACUGACUUCCUGCAACUUCACAUAGAACAAGGGAAAAUUGGUGUAGUCUUCAAUAUUGGCACUGUAGAUAUCUCUAUCAAAGAAGAGAGCACCCCAGUGAACGACGGCAAAUACCAUGUUGUGCGCUUUACCCGAAAUGGCGGCAAUGCUACACUUCAGGUGGACGGCUGGCCAGUGAAUGAACACUACCCGUCAGGACGACAGUUAACGAUCUUCAACACCCAGGCGCAAAUAGCCAUUGGAGGAAAAGACAGAGGGCGUCUCUUCCAAGGCCAGCUCUCCGGUCUCUAUUACAAUGGCUUGAAAGUAUUGAACAUGGCAGCAGAGAACAACCCCAACAUCAAGAUCAAUGGAAGCGUCCGGUUGGUUGGAGAAGUGCCAUCCAUCUUGGGAACAGCACCCACGACCUCCAUGCCGCCAGAGAUGUCUACCACAGUCAUGGAGACCACCACUACUAUGGCCACUACUACAACCCGAAAAAACCGUUCCACACCCACCAUUCAGCCAACAACAGAUGACCUCGUUUCUUCAGCAGAAUGUUCUAAUGACGAUGAAGAUCUCAUUGAAUGUGAGCAGAGUGCAACUGGAGGUGAAUUAGUUAUCCCUCUUCUUGUAGAAGACCCUUUAGAUAUCCCUCCUAUUGCUACUCGUGCACCUUUCAUUACACUCCCCACUACCUUCCGCCCCCUCCUCACCAUUAUUGAGACCACCAAAGAUUCCCUGUCCAUGACCUCUGAGGCGGGGUUACCUUGCUUGUCGGACCAAGGCAGCGAUGGUUGUGAUGAUGAUGGCUUGGUGAUAUCUGGGUAUGGCUCAGGGGAAACCUUUGACUCUAACCUACCCCCUACUGAUGAUGAAGAUUUUUACACCACCUUCUCCUUGGUAACAGAUAAGAGUCUUUCCACUUCAAUCUUCGAAGGUGGCUACAAAGCACACGCACCCAAGUGGGAAGCCAAGGACUUUAGACCUAACAAAGUCUCCGAUACUGGUAGGACUACUACCACAGCUUUGUCCCCUGAGCUGAUCCGCUCCACAGCUUCGUCCUCGACUGGGAUGGUGCCCAAAUUGCCAGCCGGCAACAUGAAUAACCGUGACCUCAAACCCCAGCCUGACAUAGUCUUGCUUCCGUUGCCCACUGCCUAUGAGCUAGACAGCACAAAACUGAAGAGCCCGCUAAUAACUUCCCCCAUGUUCCGUAAUGUGCCCACAGCAAACCCCACAGAGCCAGGAAUCAGACGGGUUCCGGGGGCCUCAGAGGUGGUCCGUGAGUCGAGCAGCACAACGGGGAUGGUCGUCGGCAUUGUGGCUGCUGCCGCCCUCUGCAUCCUGAUCCUCCUGUACGCCAUGUACAAGUACAGGAACAGGGACGAGGGGUCCUAUCAGGUGGAUGAGACGCGGAACUACAUCAGCAACUCGGCCCAGAGCAACGGCACGCUCAUGAAGGAGAAGCAGCAGAGCACAAAGAGCGGCCACAAGAAACAGAAAAACAAGGACAAAGAAUAUUACGUGUAAAAAAUAAAUAAAUACUUAUUUAUAUAUAUAAAUAUAUAAAUACUUAAGGAGAUAUAACUGAAUCGAAACUGUUACAGCUAACGAGAUUGGGAGCUACAGUUUGUGGUUUAAAACAAAUAUUGAGAAUAAACAUUUCAGCUGUUGACUGCUAAGUUUUCAGUCAUCGCUUGGAGUCCCCAAACUCUGCCCUACUGUAUUAUAAAGCACACUUAGCGCUCUGAAGAAGGCCUAUGCAGCAUUACCAUGUUGGCGGACUUUGAAGCCUUUAGACCUCCUCUUCAGCUGAACUAUUCUGCAAGGGCAGAAGACUUCAUGGCUUACUUGUUUCGUAUCUCCAAGUGAGUCUUUAAUGAUGUUCAUGAUCUUUGACUGUACGCUAAUUUUUUUUCAGUUUAAUUAUUUUAAAAAAAAAUUACACAAAAAAAAAGAAAAAAGAAAAAAAUAUAUUACAAAUGUUAUAAACAAAACAGAACAACUGAUCUGGCCAUGUCCAGCCUACGUAUCAUUUUUCAAGAUGUGAGGGGGGAAAGAAAAAUAAAUGGUUUGGGGUUUUCAUUAUGUUUUUUGUCUGAGUUUUUUUCAUUUUCUGUGAGAGGUUUUGGGAGAAUGAGCCAGAACAUAAGUCAAGAAGAAAUCCUAGGGGAGGGGGGGGGAAUGUAAUAAAGAGAGACUAUUGCCAUAUAUGAACUCAAGUUCUACCACAGUGUUUGCUCUACAUAUCAGGUUGUGUUGUCUCUUGAAUCUGUUGUCUGCAGUAAGUUGUUAACAUUUCCAAAAAGAA